AUGUCCUUAACAAGAUCACAUAGCCAGUGGCCUAGAGGCAUCCCCUCUUUCAUUCGCCGACAUGAGGAACCCGUGGCCCGGAAGAAUUUUGAUGCCGCCUCUCGUGCAUGGAGGCAUUUUGUUCGUGAGCAGUGGGUCGGUGGCGACGGCGCGGAUCAACAGAAACGAGCGUUGAUCGAACGCUGGGCAACAGCAGACCAACAAUUCCGCGAUAGCUAUCAAACACGAGCCCCAGAGGACGAGCCUAGUUUUUUUGAAGGUCCUGAACUUGCGGAUAGAACUUUCGGAGCCAAUGACGUUCAAAGUUCCUGCAUGGUCUACUUCUGCACCACCGAAUUAACCCCCGAGAAAGAAGCCCUGCUCGCCAAGUGUAUCCUGGGAUUAUUCCCAUGGGAAGACGGCUGGGACUUUCUAGCAGACGAAAUGAUAGUGUUUGUUCCCCCUGAAGACAAUAAGGGGAAUGUUCUCGAGACAUUUAAAUUCCAUCAAAGUGUCGCGCGACCCAACUUCCUCGAUAUGCACAUGGCGCUUGAUGGAACUGUACUUUUCAGAGACUGCUCCCCCAAGCUUAUUAUCGAUGACCGGACCCUUGAGACCGGACUAGGUCUCUGGGUUGAUUUUGCAACCAACGGUAUCUACGAGAUAGCCCGUCGGGGUCAAAUUAUGAUGGAGGAAUUCGCCCACUUUUAUCGGGAAAUCGGUCCGGGAAAUCGAGUCCCAAUAGACCAGGCGCUCAAUUACAUUGAGGACCGGGAAAUUUACAUAGACCGCGACGAAGAUGCAGAUCCAAGAGAGAUUUUGGAGGAUGAACCAGUCGAUAUGCGACGGCCGCUUGUGGAAAUCUACAAAGGAAAUGAAGUCGAUCUGGUGGAUGACUAUGCGCCAGGAUUUCGCGAGGCGGAGGAGCAGGGUGACGGUUUAGCGAUCGGAUUUGAUUUGGAAAGGAUACUUGCGAACGAUGGAAAUCCCCUGAUUGUCAGAGAUCAUGGAAGUGACCAUUAG